AUGGCACCUUCAUCAUCUACCAACGACCUCGUCCAGCUCUUGAGCAAGCUGACGGUCGGAAACGACUCCAGGCGCAGACCCAGGGGCUACCCGCGACCCGGCGUCCUUCAACUUUCCAACGGAACCGAGAUUCACAACCUUCCCGUGCCGACCGCGAAACUUCCAAGCCGACUCUGGGAGAAGAAGGCGCACGAUGCCUUGCCCAUGAUAUACUACGAGCCGCCACUCCCCAUGCCCCCUCGUCCACAAGGACUCUAUUAUCACGGCUGGAACACCGAUGUCGUUGGCCUUCCCACCAUCCCUUCUCUGUUGGCUAUGCCCAGAGUCUUCCCUGCUCACCAAGGAUUCGCCGAAUGUAGCUCGCCAGUCAUCGAGCACGUCAAGCAUUCAGACUAUGCGGCCCUGGGCUUCUGUGUGCGAGACGCCCGCGUUGAUCCGGCCGCCACGGUGCCCCCCUGUACGCUCGAUCCCCAACUGGCGCACACCGGAGUGGUGCGAACAUGCGCCGACCGCUGCCAUCUGGAACCGCACAAGCUUUGCGAACAUUGCAGCGACCAAAGCAGACUGCUGGUCCUCAAUGGUCUGCCGGAAUGGUUCACCAACGACCAAAUCAUCAAGUCGCGCGCCUUCCUUUGCGCGCCUUGCUCAGCGCAGGAGGCACGGCAGGCAGUUCGUUGGGCCGAAGCCGAAGCGGCACUAGAACGGGACGCGGACUACCUUGCAAACAUCAGCAAGAGUUACGAGCUUGGAAAUAUCGCCGACAACAUGAUGCGAUACCACAACGACACUACGUUCCCUGUCGCUACGCCCCCCAUGUCGCCCUCUCUGGCUCAAGCGCUUGCAGACAAUGCGCCCAGCAUGGUUCGGACCGUCAAGAAACUGUUCCGGUGCUCCUGCAAAAAGCUCAUCACGGCGGAUCUGUGUCUCGGCCACAGACUGCUCAGGGCGGACCAGUUCCUGGAGCAGGUUCGCCGCCUGAACGAGUGGACCCAAUUCCGUUUCAGCCUUGGCGAGCAAGACUUUAAGCCGUGCCCCAAGUGCAUGGCUCGUCCCGGUGUCGACGCUUACAACUUAAACAACAGAGAAGGAGGCGCAGAUCUGACGACAGUCCACUGGAUCUGUAUGUGCUGCCAGGAAACGGUCUCAAUGCCUCGGUAUGAGUUCUUCCAGCAAGGUGGCGGACUUGGCCAGGAGAAGGAUGGCAAGAGAUUGGCUGAGUUGUUGGGAGGGCUCAGCUUCUAA